AUGUGGGGCCACCUGGCCCUUCUGCCCAUCUUCCUGGCCCUCUGGGCUGUCGCCGGCACCUGGACUGUGUUUUCGCUUGCAGUUCUCAACCAGACUGUGAACCUCACGAAGCGCUUCCCCUACAUCAGUGCCUGUGGAUCUGACCCACCUCAGAGCUGCCUCUUCAGCCAGGUGCUCAAUGUGGGAGCUGCAGUGGCCGCCUGGAUCUUCAUUCUGCGCUACCACCAGCUGCGGGACUGGGGGGUCAGAAGGGGGUUCAACCUGCUGAUCCUGUGGGCGGGGCUCCUCAGUGCCGUGGGCACUUCUGUGGUUGGCAAUUUCCAGCAAAAGAACUUGCGCCCCGUGCACCUCACCGGCUCCUUCUUCGCCUUCGCAGUGGGCACGCUCUACUUCUGGCUGCAGCUCCUCCUGUUGCACCUGAGGAAGGACCUGCCACGCCCGGGGCCCCCCUGGCUUGGGCUGCUCCGCCUCCUCCUGUGCACCGCCUGCACCAUCCUCAUGGUAGUCAUGACCGUCCUGCACCGCUGGCGGUGGCUGCGCUCGGCCUCAGCGGGCUGCGAGUGGACGGUGGCCAUGCUGCUCUUCACACUCGCUGGCCUUUUGGCUUUCGACUUCUCCUUGCUGGACAGCUGCACCCUGUGCCUCCGGACUGCCCGUCGCCUCGGCCCCCCGCCGCCCGUCUCCCCCAGCUCCCUGCGGGAGCAGCACUCCCAGGAGACCUGCCUGGGAUGCUCACCAGCCGGGCCCGAAGAAACAGAGGCGAAUCCGACCCCAGGCCCCACCACCGGGGAGGCGGGCUAG